GAUCUGUCCGUUCAGCUUCUACAAUAAAUGCAGCCAAAGGGGCAGUCACUUCUCAUCAGUCACAAAAGUCUCCUCUUUAGACCUCACUCUCACAAAAGCCAUUUCUCAUCAUGCCAAACCAACAAAAGAAAGUCAUUUUUUGUAUGGCUGGGGUGUUAAGCUUCGUGUGCGCCCUUGGAGUUGUGACAGCCCUGGGGACACCGUUGUGGAUCAAAGCCACCUUCCUCUGCAAAACAGGGGCUCUGCUCGUCAAUGCCUCUGGGCAGGAGCUGGACAAGUUCAUGGGAGAAAUGCAGUACGGGCUUUUCCACGGAGAGGGUGUGAGGCAGUGCGGGCUGGGAGCGAGGCCCUUUCGGUUCUCACUUUUCCCAGAUUUGCUCAAAGUGAUCCCCUUGAGCAUCCACGUCAACGUCAUUCUCUUCUCCACGAUCCUGGUUGUUUUAACCAUGGUGGGAACGGCCUUCUUCAUGUAUAAUGCUUUUGGCAAGCCCUUUGAAACCCUUCAUGGCCCACUAGGGUUGUAUCUUUUGAGCUUCAUGUCAGGCUCCUGUGGCUGUCUUGUCAUGAUACUGUUUGCCUCUGAAGUGAAAAUCCACCACCUCUCAGAAAAAAUUGCAAAUGAUAAAGAAGGGACUUACGCCUACAAAACGCAAAGUGAAAAAUACACCGCUUCGUUCUGGGUUGUUUUCAUUUGCUUUUUUGUUCAUUUUUUGAAUGGGCUCUUAAUACGACUUGCUGGAUUUCAGUUUCCUUUUGCAAAAUCUAAAGACACGGAGACGACCAAUGUAGCUGCAGAUCUAAUGUACUGAAAGGCAAAUAUUCCUGUGAUCUGCCAAGUAAGUGAGUCAACUUGCUCUGGUCACUUGGAAAUGGUUAAUUUUGUCCGUCCUUUCAGAUGCACAAAUGAAAGCAUCCAAGCCCUCCAUGGCAAUGUUUACAAAUGAGGUACUAAGGAUACAGGCUCAGUAAGGGGAGCAGAAGGAAGGUUUGAGAAGGUUGUUUUACUUCAUGGGAACUGCGUGCUUAAAACUCUUGACUAGAAGGGACAAAUUGUUACCCUAUGUACGCAUCAAAGUGUAAAAUGCCUGCUCCAUCAGGAAGGAAUGAAGAGGCAUGGAGACUAUGUUUUAAUACAAACAAAUACAAUUUCUGAUACAUCCACACAUUUGUUGCCAGAGAUACCAGGAAGUAAAGCUGGAAUCGCUUUCCUAAAAUGAUAGUGCACUAAGUGAGCAUUGAUGAAAAGUAUCCACAUGCUUUUUUUUUUUUUUUUAAGUUCGUUUAAAGCACAGUCUUAUUAUCCAUGCCUGUUGGUCAAAAUUUGCAAACCUCUAAAUGGAAAAAAAAAAAAAAAAGGCGGGUGGGGAAACACAGUACUUUAAA